GCAACAUGCACGUUCUAUGAUUGAACAAGCGCGAACGACGCCAUCACCUUCACCUCCUCACAUCUGCCGAGCGCCUCCUCCACUGGUUGGUUGGCACGACACGCGCCCCAGCGCUCAAGGCGCAUAGCUUCGAACACACGCAGACGCCGACGCAGACGCUGCGAUGGCGUCGGUGUGGAAUCCCGAAAACGUGACAGAUGUCGCAGAAUCGGUGGGCAUCGCCGCACUGAAUCGCGAGGUCGCUGAGCAUCUGGCGCGGGACGUAGAAUAUCGCAUUAGCCAAGUGCUGGAAGAAGCGCUGAAGUUUAUGCGCCAUGCGAAACGGACGACGCUCACGACACAAGACAUAUCCCAGGCGCUGCGAGUGCUGGAUGUUGAGCCACUGUAUGGCUAUGAAUCCACGCGACCACUGCGCUUCGGCGAGGCCUCGAUAGGACCGGGGCAGCCGCUGUUCUACGUCGAGGAUGAGGAGGUCGAUUUCGAGAAGUUGAUCAACGCGCCACUGCCCAAAGUACCGCGCGAGAUCAGCUUCACUGGCCACUGGCUGGCCGUGGAGGGAGUACAGCCGAGCAUACCGCAAAAUCCAACACAGGCGGAUCAAAGAGGGCAGGAACUGGCUGGGAAAGGACAAGGCGCCAACACUCUGGCUGCUCUCAGUGGAAAUGAUAACGUGGCGGUCAAACCGCUCGUCAAGCAUGUGCUAUCAAAGGAACUCCAACUGUACUUUGAGCGCAUCUGUGCUGCUAUACUGGAUGAAGACAACAUGGAGUAUCAGACGGCUGCUUUCGCAUCGCUGAGGUCGGAUCCAGGGCUGCACCAGCUCGUACCUUAUUUCAUUCAGUUCAUCGCAGACAAGGUCACGCACGGUCUCAAAUCACUCUUCAUUCUAGCUCAAAGCAUGCGAAUGGUGGAAUCACUGCUAGCAAAUGCGAGUCUCUACAUUGCACCAUACGUAUCUGCACUGAUACCCGCAAUCCUGACUUGCGUGGUCGGCAAGCAUUUGGGUGCUGCUUCGAAAGACCAGGGGGAAGGUCAUUAUGCUCUUCGCGCAUUUUCCAGCAGCUUGCUUUUGAGAAUUGCACAAAAGUAUGGGGACAGCUCCUCUACGCUCAAGCCUCGUAUCGCUCGAGCUUGUCUGAAGCACUUCCUCGAUUCACACAAGCCUUAUGGGACUCACUACGGCGCAGUUCUCGGGCUGACGGUCAUCGCUGGAUCGGCUGGUGUGCGUUCAUUGAUUUUGCCUAACCUGCAAGCGUAUGACUUGCAUCUUCAGGAAGGCCUCAAGGACGAUGCCAAGCGGCCUCAUGCCUUGAAAGUGGUCGAGGCGGUCGUGUCGGCGCUGGAACUUCUCGAGCAGGAUGCUAUCAAGUACAAUACCGCUCAGACGAACGGGCAUCCGGAGGGGGAGGCACUGAAAGAGCGGCUGAAUGAGCUGCUGGGAGUGGCAAUUGCUCAGGCUGUUCUGGACAAAGACCGCCCAACUUUGGUGUAUGCUGUGCUGGAAAAGGAAGUCGAGCUUUGAUAUGCUGCACCAUGAAAAUGCGACGAACAGAAGAUGGUCUGUCUAAGAAAGCGCGAGCAUGAGAUUUAGCGAGGCGUUUGGGUACGGUACGGUACAGGGUGCGGCAGCCUCUUAUCAUGCAUACCGAUUCGAGUGGACAUGAGAUUAUCGAGCAGUAUCUUCAUGUCUACACUGUAUAUGAUCCUAGCCUUUUUCACGCACCAGCUGAGCCCUCCGCUCAGUGCUGUACAGCUGCCAGAGAAGAUGAUCAGGGGCACCGUACUUCCCGCUGUGAGCAGAGAACAGCAUGAUCAUGCAUUGCAUGUUCGAGACCCAAUCAAUAAGUAGUGGAAGGGUAUCUUGUGCAUUACUAGGGCUGUCUCCGAUCGAAGUGCUUUGAGGAUGAAUGUGGUCGACUGGCGAGUCCCGAGUGCUGCUCCCAUUGUUGCGUGGAUGUGGAGAGAGGAUGAGGAUGUGUAGUAGAAGGGAGAGAAGUGAAUGGAAGCGGAUAAACGUACGACUAUGCACAAAAGACACGGAAAUUCAUCUGGCGCUACGUCUUGAUCAGUCUCGAUCAAGAUGCUACUCCUUUUGAUAACUAUGCGCUGGUCGCAUUGUAGGCAAUGGUCGCUAGACUGGCUCCAGCCUCGACGGCAGGGUCGACGAGCACAGUCAGUACUCGCCCGCUCACGCUCGACGUAAUGGUCUGCAGCUCAUCGCCCCACGCGUUAUACACUCUGCCAAUCACUUGGCCCUCCUCGACAUCCUGCAGAAUCUCAAUGUCCGACUCAAACCAGCCGCUGAAGUCGGUAUAUGGAUCGGAGAAGUUGUUCGCGAUGAACGUCUGCGACAAGUCUGGCACAGGCAGUGCGCCGCCUGUCAUCAUCAGGUCAUCCAUCAAGCGGAAAGCAAAGUCCACCGUACGUUUGAUCAAUGUGCGGUUCCAAUUGUUGGCUGGGCCUGUUUCGACCGUAAUCGCGGGCACGCCUGCUUGGACCCAGCUGGUCUCGAUGGUACCGGGCAGACCAGGAUCUAUCUUGAUCACAUCCGGCUGGAGAAGCUCAGCCAUGCGCUGCACGCCUUCGCUUGCAUAGUCCGCAUACGCCCAGAGUGGACCCACGGAACCCGUCGACAGCGUGUCUAGUCUCAAGUUAGUCACAGUCUAUAUCUCUCUUCCCGAAGCGGAGACUAGAAACUUACGGAAAUCCACGGCAAUAUCGACAUUCGACGUAUUGCCCCAAAUGUCGUUCCAAAUCGCUGCAGUGUAAGACUCCACCAGAUUUCCGCCUUCUGCCAUGCUGAGUCCGGGGAAGAGGCGAUUCAUGUCGUAGAAGAAUCCAUUGGAAGAACUGGUGAAGAAAUUUCUCUGGUUGAGAAAAUUUCCUUGCGGAUUGAGUGUCGGAAUACCAAUGACUGUGCCAUUGAAAGCACCAGCAGCCACGGUUUCGUUCAAUUGCCUGAAAAUGGUCUGGACAAUCGCCACCGGGUUCAGUUCAUCGCCGUGUAUUGACGCAGAGAGGGACAACUUGCGACCACUCUCGAGAGAUUCUGCAGUACCUCGUGCCACGAAGAUUGGCAGAAAGUAAUAAAGGCCUCCUUGUCCCGCUGCUGGCGACAACCAGAAUCGAGACACGGUAUUGCUUGGGAGAUCAUUGACGUCCAAGGACGAAAUGAUGGGAUGGCCUUGGAAUCUGUCGCCAGUGUAGACUGUAGCCGCCGUCACUCCAGACGUGAGCGCGCUGAGGAGUGCUAUUAUCGGUCUCAUGAUGCUUGGCUUCAUCUCUUAUCAGGGUGCUGUUGUUCGGAGUGCUCGAAGCAACCGCAAGUGGUAAGGAUUGUCGGUUCGUUACUGUUGUGCCUGCAGUAACUCGGCUGACAAUGGUCCAUCGGACCAUCGCCAUGAUAUACACGCAGGCACAGUCGCGUGGCAAACUAGACUCGCCAAGAUGAUAACCGUAAGGACUUGGCCUGAGUGGGAAGUCCGUAAGAAAAGCCAAGACUCAAUCUCGGAUGCCAUGGGCUGACUUAGUCAAUUCACGCACCACCACGCUGGACUUUGCACGCUACAGUGGCUACACAUAAAGCUUUAGACCCGGAUCAAAGCUGGAGAGCAAUACGAUUAUUGGGGCUCGUUGACCUGGGUGAUGGGAUAGCUGGGGAUCCAGGUCGGCAAUUUGAAGCAGUGAAGCUAUUGGCAGAGCCAAGCUUUAAUGGUUGCCAAGUUUUCUGGCAAUACCACCUCCCUGUGUCGGAGCCGGACAAAGGACCUUUAGCUGCUCUACUAUCAAUGCUGCCAAGUCAGAAUGAUGACGGAUAGCCAACGAUGUAACCUCUUCCCUGCCAAUGGGCCUACAAAUAUUCUAGAAUAUCCAUAUGCCGUCCAGGGACUGACGGACAGGGAGAACUGUCAAAGUAUACAUUUGAGAUGUAUAGCUAAAUUAAUUACCAGUCUUCGAAAUGCAUCGUUCUACAGUUCUAGCAGCCUCCUGGCUCCUGAUUGUCGGCAGCGCUGCGACACAAUAUGGCAAUAAUCAUGUCAGUAUCCGAAAAGAUCCACCUCAAGUGGCUGCCAACUUCCCAGAUCCAGGCAUUGAACUACUAUCUCCCGCGUUCCUGGAUACCAACAGUGUUCCUGCUGCUUUUGCAAACGGCACAUCUGGCCCUACAAGCGAUGCUGUACAGGACGCAUUUAUCCAAUCUUUGGCAGAGAAAAACGCGUGGCUCAAUUAUCAUGCGGUUGAGUAUCUGAGUGAGGAAGGACGUUCAUUUCCAUACGUCCACUUGACCAAGAAUGUGUCCAACGGCAAUGCAUCGGCCUCGAACGACAAAGUCAGGAUAUGGAUUCAAGGCGCUGUUCACGGUAACGAACCGGCUGGUGAUCAGGCGAUAUUAGCUUUGCUCGGCAAGAUGGAUGCGAACCAGACCUGGGCAUCCGCAAUACUGGAGAAGGUCGACAUCAUGAUUCUUCCACGCUACAACCCGGAUGGCGUAGACUAUUUCCAGCGAACACUGGCGACCAACUACGACCCGAACCGCGAUCACACGAAACUUGCGAGGCAACAGACGCGAGACAUCAAGACUACGUUUGUGGAGUUUGCGCCGCAUGUCGCGCUGGACAUGCAUGAAUACUCGGCCUCGGCCGUAUACGGUGGGCGCUACUUGCCAGGCGCUGAUGCACUUUUCAGUGCCGCCAAGAACCUCAACAUUCAUGAGGACAUUCGACAGAUAUCGGAAGAGCUCUUCGCUCCGGCCAUUGGAGCCCAUCUCGAGGCUGGUGGAUUCCGAUGGGAACCAUAUGUGACAGGCAGCACGAGCAACAGGACCAACUCCACCAUUACUUACGAAGAAGCGGGAAGUGAUGCCAAAAUUGGUAGAAAUGCUCUCGGUCUGACCCAGGCGGUGGUAUUUCUCUUCGAACUUCGAGGCAUCGGCAUCGCCGACCAGGAAUUUGCACGUCGCACGGCAGCUGGGCUGGCGAUGCUCGAGGCCGCGAUUCAGACGACAAGCGACCAUGCGGUGCAAGUCCGCGAGGCAGUGGAAGGGGGAAUCGCCAAAUUUACGGGAAGCUCCGAGGAGAUUGUGGUGACGGAUUGGAGUGACUCCUUUAGGCGGAACUGGACUUUUGUCGAUCGCGACUCUGGUGAUCUGGUGCAAGCACCUGUCACCUUCUUCAGCACGACACCGGUCAUUGCCAACCUGACCAAGGCGAGGCCCGAAGCGUAUGUGAUCCCGCGAGCAUGGCACGACUUGGCCGAGCGGUUGCGGAUUUCGGGGCUGGAAGUGGAAACACUGCAAGAUGCAUAUCGUGGACCGGUGGAAGCACUCACGAUUGAGACGUCGUCCUUGGAUCGGUCCUACUACGAAGGCACCGUACUUGCGACUGUGACCACGAAUGCAACGAUGAAAGAAGUUGACCUUCCGUCGGGAAGUUUCCGGGUCAGUUCCCGGCAGAAGAAUGCGGCACUGGCCUUUGUGGCACUGGAGCCAGAGAAUAUUGACUCGUAUGUGAGCUUCAAUAUCGUGCCCUUGGAAGUUGGCGAUGAGUAUCCCGUGUACCGAGUGCUGUCGUGAGUUGGAGUCACCACAAUGAGAGAGAGAGAGAGUGUGUGUGUGUGUCUUUUGAAGCACUGACCUGCAUAAGAAGACGCUAGAAAUCGUAUAGAGCUUCCAGACUUCCGGCAUAGGUCUACAGCGUGUUUCAUAUUCCUGC